GGUGACAACCCAAGUUCACACUCAUAAUCUUCCAUUUGUGUAGAGAGUGAGAAUGGGCAGUGUCGUUUCUCGUCUUGGCUGUUCCUUUUUAGGUAUCCUGUACCCAGCAUACUGUACUUUUAAAACUUUGAAACGCCAAGAAUUUGAUGAGCAGACCCAGUGGCUGACUUUUUGGAUUGUCUACUCUUGUUUUAUGGUUUUGGAGAGAGUUGCGGACGUUCUCUUAGCGUGGAUUCCACUUUAUUACGAGUGCAAGCUUCUUUUUGUUUGCUGGUUGGUUUUACCACAGUUUCGUGGUGCUCAUCUGUUAUACAAGCAAUAUGUGGGUCCUUGUCUCGCCAGGAGAGAAACUCAAAUCGACCACACGAUAAAUAAGGUCAAGAAAGGUUCUACUGAAAGGCUUCAUCGUUGGGCUGCACAGGGACUGAACUACGUAAAGAAGAGUGGAAUAGAGUCCUUAGUGAGUUUACAAGAAGAGGAAUUGGAAAACAAAAACCCGAAUGUUGGGAAGACUCAAACUAAACUGCUGCACCAAAGGAAGAUAACAAGUUCGAAGAAAAUUUAACAGUAUUAUUGACAAUGAUUCUUACACUGGUUGAUAUCGUGAACUUUCUCAAAAUUAUUUCUACAAAUAGUCUAUAAAAUUGAUUGCAUAGCA